AUGGCCCCUCUCUGGCUCCUCUCCUGUUUUGCCCUUGUAGGGGCCGCCUUUGGCUGCGGGGUCCCCGCCAUCCAGCCUGUGUUGAGUGGCCUCGCCAGGAUCGUCAACGGGGAGGACGCUGUGCCCGGCUCCUGGCCCUGGCAGGUGUCCCUGCAGGACAGCACCGGCUUCCACUUCUGCGGGGGCUCCCUCAUCAGCGAGGACUGGGUGGUCACCGCCGCCCACUGCGGGGUCACAACCUCCGACGUGGUUGUGGCCGGAGAGUUUGAUCAGGGCUCACAGACCGAGAACACCCAGGUCCUGAAGAUUGGCAAGGUUUUCAAGAACCCCAAGUUCAGCAUUCUCACGGUCCGCAAUGACAUCACCCUGCUGAAGCUGGCCACGCCCGCGCAGUUCUCAGAGACCGUGUCGGCUGUGUGCCUGCCCAGCACCGACGAGGACUUCCCUGCUGGGAUGCUGUGCGCCACCACGGGCUGGGGCAAGACCAAGUACAACGCCCUCAAGACCCCUGACAAGCUGCAGCAGGCCACCCUGCCCAUCGUGUCCAACACCGACUGCAAGAAGUACUGGGGCAGCCGGGUCACCGACGUGAUGAUCUGUGCGGGUGCCAGCGGCGUCUCCUCCUGCAUGGGUGACUCCGGCGGCCCCCUGGUCUGCCAGAAGGACGGAGUCUGGACCCUGGCGGGCAUCGUGUCCUGGGGCAGCAGCACGUGCUCCACAUCCACGCCCGCUGUGUACGCCCGCGUCACUGCACUUAUGCCGUGGGUGCAGGAGACCCUGGCUGCCAACUGA